AUGACCAGCAAUGUUGCCAAAUCAUGGAAUGCAGUACUCCGUGAGGCUAGAGAAUACCCUAUAUUAGCCCUUGUUAACUAUAUUAGAGGAAAGCUCACGUCAUGGUUUUCUGUUAGAGGCGCGGCAAUAUCAACAAGUUUAGAUAACUUCACACCGAAAGUGAUGGAGCUUCUUGCUAUUAAUUUUGAGUCCUCGGCAGGUUACAAAGUGAAGAAAAUUAAACAUUUGGAGUAUGAAGCCUUGGAAAUUCCCUGUCAACAUGCAAUAGCAGCUGCAAUCAUGGCUAAAAUUAAGGUUGAUUCAUUGGUGGCAUUUGAGUACACUAAGAAUGCAAUCGUUUCUGCAUACUCGGGUAGCGUUGCUCCGGUUACCGAUACUGAUAAUAUCAUAGAACUAACUACUCAACUUUCCCAUUUGGAUAUGUUUCCACCGUGCACUAGGCGACCACCUGGUCGUCCACGAAAGAAACGGUUUCUGUCUCGAGGAGAAGUUCGUAUGAAGACACCAAGAAGACGCACAAUAUGUAGUCGUUGCAAAGGUUGUAGCCACAAUCGUACGACAUGCAAAACUCCAAUCGCUUAA